GCGAGGUGAACGGCUGGCGGCUGGUUGCUGGUCCGGCAGGCCCGAGGGUCGGAAAUUUUUGUAGGCGAUGAACGGAAAUCCUAGUGCAAGGCUGCCGCCUUGUACUGGCGGUUUGAUGAAAGCUGUUGGUGCUCUCAGCUCUGAGGCUGUCCGCUGGGAACCCUGAAAAGGUAGAAUGGCUGCACUUCUGAAUGGAGGUGUGAAAUUUCUGCACUGCCCCUCCCUCCGAACUGUCAAUUCUGUACAACUCCAGCUCCAAGAUAUUUUUCACGGGCAUUCGUGGGGCGUCCCUGUACUGGUUCCCAGUGGAUUUGCGCAUUGUCACGGAGCUGUCGGAAUCCGACCGAGCGGCAAGGUACGCUUUGUGUCUGCGCAAACGAGGAGCUCGAUCCACCUUCGCAACUUAAUCAGCGUGCACUCACAAUCAGCAUCAAGAUGGAGGGUAAAGGAAGGAGGGAAGGUCGACCCAGUUUCGGAAACGAAGAGUCUGCCAACUGCUUACUUGUUGUCAGGCCAAGAGGCGACCACUGCCUCGGCUGAUGCGUGCGACACAAAAGUUAUCGUACCAGAUGCUGAUUUGGGGGACAAACCGGUCAGGAUUGGUGAAAAUUAUUUGGAAGGACACUUGCACUUAGGACAGGACAUGGAGGACGACAGUGAUGACAGGCGAAUCGAGCUGUCGAGCGAGGGCCACGCUCUCGUCCAAACCGCUCUGGCCAUGGCAGGCGUAUCAUACGGUGAAUGGAUCGUCGUCAAGCGACAGCAAAAGAAACAAAUGGAAGAAAUUUGGGAGGAUCAGGACGAGCAGGAUGAUGAUGAGCGCCAGGGGGGUUUCGCGCUCCCACCCAGUAGUAGAACAGGUAGACAGUAUGGAGGUCAUCAGACAGUUGAAAGCCGUCAGAGGAUUGCAGGUCGUCAGAGCGUUGACCGGCAUCAGAGCAUUGCGCUUUGGGAGGCUGGAAUGCAAGCGGGUGGCAAUGUCGUUGCUGCCGAGAAUGUGUCGGAUCUGGAUGCAUAUGUUGUUGGGUCCUGGAGAGCGUCAACAAAGGAUCAGAUUUCAUCAAACUCGAUCAAUCUUCGAGCGAGCGGUCACCUGAAUCUGCCUCUCCCUCUCUCGAGUCUGACAUCUCAAGGCGUCGUCGGAACGGCCCUGAAGCAAGCUGCCUCAGAAACUGCAACGCAGGUUGGUGGUGAGAUGGCCCCGGAAAAGGUAGUGGGAGGGCGGCUAAGGAAACGAGGACGUACCGGAGUAACGAAUGUUAGAAAUGUAAGGACGCGCGAUACCCAAGCCUCGAGGAGACGGAUGGAAAUCAGCUGGCUGAGGUUGAUAAUGUCUGUCGGGAACGUUUCUGGUCUUGAGCAUGAUGCAGAGAGGGUUGACGUUGUCUCGGAAAUCAUGAAAAUUAUGUACGCCUGUGCAAGGGUCCGCGUCAAUGCCCGCCAUGUCGCCGCCGCUGUGACAGUCUGCAUCCGUGCGAAGGACGUCGUAAGAGGGGAAGAGAUCCUUUUGGAAGCCCAGCGUAAGGGAGGUUCAGCUACACCCAAUGCGUUUGCUUACGGGGCGCUGAUCCAUGGGUACUGCAAGAUGGGACAACGGCGAGCUGCUUUUGCUCUGCUCUCACACAUGAGAGAUGCGGGAGUUGCACCCGAUGAAUCUAUCUUUAACACGCUUCUGGAGUUUGAAGAAUGUCCAGAGGGAGUGGCCAUUGUACUGGGAAUGAUGUCUACGGCUGGGGUAAAACCCACAGAGCGCACAUAUAGCGCUGCCAUUCGCGGUUGUGGUCGUGCUGGCAGCUUAUCCGAUGUCCGAGAGCUGUGGGUGAACAUGGAAAGGGCUGGAAUCAAGGGUACGCUCUUCACAUACAACUCCCUCCUGGAUGCUUAUGCAUGUAUGGGAGAGACUGAGCAGUGCUACGACGUCCUUGAGAAGAUGAAGAUUGUGGCAAUCUCUCCUGAUCUCCGAAGUUUCAACACGAUUAUGAAGGCACAUGCUCACGCCAGUGAUGCCGAAGGGGCUCUUGCCCUCUUACAGGGAAUGAAAGCGGCGAAGGUUUCGCCUGAUAUUGUGACAUAUAACAUCGCAAUGGAUGCAUGUGUUCGCGGAAGAAAGCUGGAUCGUUGUCUGAAGCUUCAGAAGGAUGCAGUUGCUGGUGGGUGUGCUCUCGAUGCCACAAGUUUUGCUAUAAUGCUUCGUGCAGCGGGCCAUCUUCGAAACAUCCGACCUGUCGAGCGGUUAUGGGCCGAGAUGAAAGAGCAGAAGAUUCGUCCGGAUGCAGUGACCUACAGGUGUGCCAUUCAUGCCUUCAUCCGAUGUGGGGAAGGUGGACCUGCUCUUCAGAUCUUAGAAGAGAUGACAUCUCUAGGAUUUCCCCCGGCUCUGCAUGUUGCCAAUGUUCUCAUAAAGAGUGUAGACGCCGCUCUGCUGCGCGAGUGCACUGCCGUUGCAUCGAGUGGUCGCUUAGGUGAGUUUCUAUCCAGCAUGGCAGCUGCAGGAUUAUCCGCGACACCUGCGACAGCUGCAAGCAUCGUAAAAAAAAUUGCAAAAUCAAAUGGGAUUGUGACCAGCAUCAACGUUGCGCAAGAAUUCCAGCGUGCGGGAAUCAAGGGACUCGGAGAUGACGUGUGGGGAGUACUGAUCGACAUGGUUGCGGCAAUGGUAGAAGAUGAUCCCACCUCGGCACUCUCGGCAGCAGAUAAGCUGCUUGCACUGAUGAAGGAAGACGGAAGCGGGCUGAGCCGGAAGCUGUACGAGGCCAGGCUGAUGGCUCUGGCAAAGAGGGGAGAUGCAGGGGGGGUGCUGAAGCUUAUGGCCGAAAUGGACGCGGUCUGCGGACCGCAAACUGAUGCUAUUUCUGGCCCUGUGGGAAGACUAUUGCUGGACACGAUGGACGCUGCUCUCACGCAGGCCAUUGCUGGGAAGAUCGUCCGUGAGAGCAAUGGCGAGGAUGGGGACACGGAGGGGGAAGAAGAUGUGCUGCCAACGAGUUUGGUGGACAGCUUGGCUUCGUCAGGAAUCGUCGUUAAGCCAGAAGCCAUGGCUUUUGUGAUACAGAAGAUGUUCUCAGAUAGUCAAAGUGGGGUCGCGAACGGUCAAGCUAGUCAACAAAAGGAAGGAGUAGGUCGAAAUGCGCAUCGACAGGAAGCUCCGGUUCCUGGUAAGCAGGUGGGUAGGUGUGAAACCAACAAGAAUGCAAGGUCGCCAAGAUCGUCCCGUCUGGACAAAGCCUUGGCACUUGUGGAUAACAUGCCAAAGCUGCUAGGUGUGAAACCAACCAGUUUUGUUUAUGCCUCGCUGAUGGAAGUGUGCCUGCGCGAGGGCCAGGGGCAGCGAAUCGAGCAACUGUGGGCCCGUAUGCGGUCAGAGGGUGUGACCCCUGACUCCGCAACUUGGGUAGUUCGUGUCAAAGCCCUCCAGAGUGUGCAUGGGAAGGUACAGGGAAGGGUGCACACACUUCUUUUGGAGGCUGCUGCGGACGGUCUUGAACUCGAUAUCCCUCUGCUUAAGGCAUUGAUGAGGGCAUGCAAGGGAGCAAAAGACAGGGAUGGUUGCCGGUUGGUAGCGAAGGCGAUGAAUGCGGCAGAGCGCAGGAAGAGCAGGCAGCUGGAUAUCCUCCUCCGGAGUGCACAAAAAAGCCAGUCGGCAAGCGAUGUACCGGGAUCUACUUGAACGGAGCUUUCCCUGCGAGCCCUCACUCCUUGCUUGGGCGGCGGGCAACGUGAAGCGAUUCAUGCUUUGGGCGGUGACCUAAUCUAUCGAUCACCCCAUCUCGAGGCUGUCAAAGAAAAGUCACACGGCUUUCUAAGCUUCCAGCAACCUUCUCGGCCAGGGGAGCUUUUUUUUGCCUUGAUGCUUUGAACGGAUUGUGAAUCGUCCUUCAUAUCGGAUGUGCACAUCGCCGGUUCAUCCGCGGAUUCAGCGCUGCUAUGACGUAGCAAUUAUACUUCUUGCUCGCUCUCCUGCUGCAGGCCCGCAGAUGCUACAUCAGCGAAACGGUGUCCGGCAGUGUAUGCAUCUCCGUCCCGGGACGGCUCCAUGCUGGAUGUCUCAUCAGUGCUCCGCUGAGCUGACUGGAAGCCUGGAACUACACGACCUUCUUCGACCGAAUGAAACGUAGUCAUUGUA